CGCGGGCACCCGGCCGGCCGGCGCGGGAGCGGGAAAGGGUGCGCUAUGCCUUUAACGCCCGCGUACAGUAGACAGUAUAGUGGAGUGUAGGGAAACUCUAGGCGGGGUUAAAGUUCAGCGCGUGGAGCGGCAAGAGCGCUGGCUGCUGCAGUUGAGCCGAGUUGGAAAUGUGAACGCAAGAAGCAGGCUUGAUUUUUUUUUUUCCUCCCCCCCUCUCCUAGCUCUCUCCUCCUCUCUCUCCCUCUCGCACCCACACUCACGCACACCUCCAGCCCGCACACAGACGUGCACGCACCCCCCGCCGCCCGGCAGUUAUGUAUUCUCCGCUCUGUCUCACCCAGGAUGAGUUUCAUCCUUUCAUUGAAGCACUUCUGCCCCACGUCCGCGCCUUCGCCUACACAUGGUUCAACCUGCAGGCCCGAAAGCGAAAAUACUUCAAAAAACAUGAGAAGCGCAUGUCGAAAGAAGAGGAGAGGGCUGUGAAGGAUGAACUGCUAAGUGAGAAGCCCGAAGUCAAGCAGAAGUGGGCUUCCCGACUUCUGGCCAAGUUACGGAAAGAUAUCCGGCCUGAGUACCGAGAGGAUUUUGUUCUUACAGUUACAGGGAAAAAACCUCCAUGCUGUGUUCUUUCCAACCCAGACCAGAAAGGCAAGAUGCGGAGAAUUGACUGCCUCCGCCAGGCAGAUAAAGUGUGGAGGUUGGACCUCGUCAUGGUGAUCUUGUUCAAAGGUAUUCCGCUGGAAAGUACUGAUGGCGAGCGCCUUGUAAAGUCCCCACAGUGCUCAAAUCCAGGGCUCUGUGUCCAGCCCCAUCACAUAGGGGUUUCUGUUAAGGAACUCGAUUUAUAUUUGGCAUACUUUGUGCAUGCAGCAGAUUCAAGUCAAUCUGAAAGUCCCAGCCAGCCAAGUGACGCUGACAUUAAGGACCAGCCAGAAAAUGGACAUUUGGGCUUCCAGGACAGUUUUGUCACAUCAGGUGUUUUCAGUGUGACCGAGCUAGUAAGAGUGUCACAAACACCAAUAGCUGCAGGAACUGGCCCCAACUUUUCUCUCUCUGAUUUGGAAAGUUCUUCAUACUACAGCAUGAGUCCAGGAGCAAUGAGGAGGUCUCUACCCAGCACAUCCUCUACCAGCUCUACAAAGCGCCUCAAGUCUGUGGAGGAUGAAAUGGACAGUCCUGGUGAAGAACCGUUUUACACAGGCCAAGGGCGCUCCCCGGGGAGCGGCAGUCAGUCCAGUGGAUGGCACGAAGUAGAACCAGGCAUGCCAUCUCCAACCACACUGAAGAAGUCUGAGAAGUCUGGUUUCAGCAGCCCCUCCCCUUCGCAGACCUCCUCCCUGGGAACAGCAUUCACACAGCAUCACCGACCUGUCAUUACAGGACCCAGAGCAAGUCCACAUGCCACGCCAUCGACUCUCCACUUUCCAACAUCACCCAUCAUCCAGCAGCCUGGGCCUUAUUUCUCACACCCAGCCAUCCGCUACCACCCUCAGGAGACGCUGAAAGAGUUUGUCCAGCUUGUCUGCCCUGACGCUGGUCAGCAAGCUGGACAGGUGGGCUUCCUCAAUCCCAAUGGAAGCAGUCAAGGGAAGGUGCACAACCCAUUCCUCCCCACCCCAAUGUUGCCGCCACCACCGCCACCACCAAUGGCCAGGCCUGUGCCUCUGCCCAUGCCAGACACCAAGCCUCCAACCACAUCCACAGAAGGAGGUGCAGCCUCCCCCACCUCACCGACCUACUCGACACCCAGCACCUCCCCCGCAAACCGAUUCGUCAGUGUUGGACCACGGGAUCCAAGCUUUGUAAAUAUCCCUCAACAGACACAGUCCUGGUACCUGGGAUAAAAGUUGCAGCGUCCCACCAUCCACCAGACAGACCACCUGACCCCUUCUCAACUCUGUAACAUGGACGCAACCUCAACCCAGCGCAGUUACAACUUCACUGUCAGUGGAAGGGGAGAAAAACCGACUCGAAUCAACUUGUACAUGGAAACAGCAAGCAUCAUGGUCAAACAGCAAAGGCCAUAACCUUUCGGGAUUUUUUUUUUUUUAAAUACUUUAGGGACUGUCGUAAUUUCUCAUAUGGUGCUGGAAAUGGUUGGGCUGUGUGACAUUUGAAGUGUUUCGGUGGUGGUGUGAGCAUUAGGUGAAGUGGCUGGUAGAGGAUGAGCCUUGCUCACUAACUUCCUGUUGUAACACACUUCCCCUGCGAGCCUGGCCUUUUCACAGUAUUUCAUGAAUUUGCUCACACAGGUGUGACCCUCCCUGAGCAUUUGGAGGCACCUGGAGAACGAAGUCUUUUGUAGUAGCUGAGAUCCGUGAUCUGUAACUUACAGGACACUCAAAGGGCAAUUUUUUUCUUUUCUGUAACAUAUUAGAAAAAGAAAAUGCAGUUGCGUUGAUCUUUCUUUUCGCUCGGUUUGGUUCAUCAGUGAGCAGUCACAUACACAACACAGCCCUCAAGGACAGUGAAUCCACUCAUGUUGCAGAACAAUUCCAAAAAGACGGCAAAGACUACUACAACCAUCAGUUGUUUUUUGGUUUUUUUUUAAAGUUUUGAAAUGCUGCACUUACAUAGAAAAAAAAAAAAACAUUUUUCAACAAUUUCAACAAUGACACAAAAAUUCACAUGGAAAUGGGGAAGAUGGUCUGUUUUGACAGAAACUGACAGGAAUCAAAACAAUCGAAUUUUGAUUUGAGUGAAGUGCAAUUUCAUUGGAUAGCUAAGUAUCUUUGUAAGAUAGAGAUUGUUGAAAAUUCUAUUUUUGUUUUUCAAGUCCUUCCACCCCAGGACUCUAAAUUAUUGGGGUAAAAAACAGCCUUGCAAGAAAAAGGGGAGCUAUUUUUGCUUUUUAUGUUUUUUAUUGUUAAACUUGUAUCCCUUUAAAAAAAACUGAAGGAAAAUUUAAAAAAAAAACAAAAAAAAUACAAAUCUAAUGGUGCUUUUACCACAAUAUGUUAACUACAUUAAAUGCUAAUUAAUUAUUUUCUGUUAUCAAAGCACAUAACUCAAAUGAAAUCAUGGUAUCUGUUAAUUUUAUAAGCUAGAAAUCACUAGAAUGAAUGAUGCCAAUUCUGGAAAUUUUUACAUGUGUAUGGCAACAUCAGAUCUAUCAGUUAUCAAACGCCUCAUUGUACCAGACAUUGUCCAGAAGUUUCAAAGACCCUUUGCAGACCCUGAACUGGGCUAUGGGAAAAUUAAUACUAACAACUCGGAUAGGAACACAACUGCUAGUACCCCUUCAGAUCAAGGGUACUCGUUAGGGAAAACGGGAAAAAAGUUCACACACACACCCCCUCAAAUGUCUUGUAUCUUACGUUUAAAAAAAAAAAAAAAAGACAAAAAAAGAUCAAAAAAGAACAAAAAAAUAAAAAAGCAGAAACAAACAAACAAAAAAAAUGCAAGUGAUUUUUCUACCAGACAGCGAAGCACCCCCUUGCUUCCCAUGCAACUUCAAGGGUUCCUAUACUAUACAUAUAUAUGUGUUCUGGUUGGCAAGUCCUGCCGACCUGAGGAAGUCUCUGCAUGUUCUAGUGUUAGUAACUAAUUUUUAUAUAGCUAAUGUAGGAUAAAGUAGAGUGCAUUAAGACAAUAUUGUAACCCACUCUAGGCACCUGCCUUUAAACUGUCUCAGCCCUUCAGAAGGGCUCAACUACUGUCCUAUACAAUCAAGUAACUGAAAUUCUUGGGAAGACACUUUGCUCCUCAUCUUUACCCCUAAACGAUGUUGGUUUGUUUUUAUUUUUUUCCUUAAUUUGCACGAAAACAAAAAUUCCAUAUCAAUGUGCCUUGCCCUGGAUAGUGAUUAUUUGUGGAAUUGUUGCACAUGCUCCUCUAUUGAAGGGGUUUUUCCCUACUCAAGCAUUCGGAGACACUUUUUGUAAAUGUAACUUUUGUGUCAGCCAUCGUCAGUUUCAACAUCUAGAUCUAAAUAGAAAGUUAGCUGUUCCGCAGACAGGCGUAGUCUUGAUUGUCCUGUGUGGUCAGUGGCAGUGCUACUCUGAGCUCUGUAGAUGCUUACAAUAUCAGUAUUUGGGAUGUUGCUGCAUUUUUCAAUUUAUUUGGAGUCUUCCUUUAUUUUCCCCCAGAUAUAUGAAAAUAUGCAAUACCUGCUUAUAUCAUGUAGAAAAGCUUAGCAGUUAUUAAUUUUCCUUUUUUUUUUUAUUUGACCAAAGUCAGUGCUGCACUUGACGCAGUCAGUGUGUUUUUAGGUGUCUGUCUUUGUAUUUUCUGUGGUUUUUGAAGCAUGUGCGCAGAAGGGCUCCUCUUAGAGAAGCAGUCAAACUGUGAAGCACUAAGCUGACCCUGCUUCAAGCAAUUUUGUUUUUACAACUGUUCCUUUCACAAGCAAGCCUUAAAAAAAAAAAAAAAAGACGACUUCCUUUCUCUUCAGCCCCCACACCCACUUUUCUUAGCAGACAGCAGUCAAUCCACAUUCAAUAAAAAGUACAUAAUGCCCAUUUUUAUAUGCACGUUUUUAAACUUCCAAGUUCUGAAAAUUGUUUACUGGUUAUCUCUAUUUAAGGAAAAAAAAUAAAAUAAAACAUUUUGGAUUUUCA